GAGAGAGAGAGCAGCAUCCCUAUCCUUUUCUUUAGAGCACGCUGCUGGCAGUAACAGGAGGUGAAUGCUUGCCUAAUUGUCAUCACUGCCUGCUUUGGAGCAACAAAGAGGACCUCAGAGGAAAAUGGGAAAUUCUUAUGCUGGGCAGCUCAAGACAACUCGCUUUGAAGAAGUGCUGCAUAAUUCUAUUGAGGCCUCUCUCCGAUCAAACAAUUUAGUUCCCAGGCCUGUUUUUUCACAGCUGUAUUUGGAAGCAGAGCAGCAGCUUUCUUCUCUUGAAGCAGCCAGUAGAGUGGAUAAUGAAGAAGAGGAGGAGGAUGAAGAAGAAGGUUCAGAAUCAAGUAGCCCUCCUAUUGCUUAUCAGAUGAAACCCCCUCCUGAAGGAUGUUGUACCACUGAUGGUUUCUGUCAGGCUGGUAAAGACUUGAGAUUGGUUUCAAUUUCCAAUGAACAAAUCGAAGUGCCAUCGGGAUUUCUGCUUGUUGGUGCUAAAUCACCAAACUUACCUGAUCACCUUUUAGUGUGUGCUGUAGACAAAAGAUUCUUGCCUGAUGACCAGGGGCGCAAUGCCCUUUUAGGUUUCUCUGGCAAUUGUGUCGGCUGCAGCAAGAAAGGCUUCUGCUACUUUACCGAGUUUUCCAAUCACAUCAAUCUUAAGCUGACCACUCAGCCCAAGAAACAGAAACACUUAAAGUAUUAUCUGGUCAGGAAUGCACAAGGAACUCUGACCAAAGGAUCUGCAAUCUGUUGGAAGGGGGCAGAGCUCAGAAGCCGUCAGUCCUCAUCCAGCACUCGUUCCAAUACCUUGUUCCAGCCUCCAGAAAAUACCGGCUCCUCAGUAGCUGUUGUAAAUGAACCAGUUCUAGCAGCACAUUCAGGUAUUCAAGCAGGGACGCACCAGAUGGCAUCAGACCACUUCCCAUCAGCAGUAUGUUACCCAGCUUACAACGGCAAAGACUCUCCCCAGCAGCAUUCAGUGAAAAGCAAUUUAUCAUCAGUGACAAGACCAUCAGUAUUAGGGACUUUAACAAAUUCAGGGCCUCCCAAAAAACGCCACAAAGGCUGGUCACCGGAGUCUCCAUCAUCCAAUGAAGCCUGGCAUUUGCAACCAAAUCCACAGAUCAACAAUAGAAAUAAAAAUGAGGGAGGAGGAGGGCUUUCCUGUUUACCUCAUGCUGCCAUGGUAGGACCUGUGUCAUCUCCCAUGGUGGCCUCUGGAGAGCCAGUUUCAGUUCCUGAUAACCUACUGAAAAUCUAUAAAGCAAAGCCAGUCCUAUUUAAAGGGCAUGGAAACUUCCCUUACCUUUGCGGGAACCUGAAUGAUGUCAUAGUCAGCCCCCUUUUGUAUACAUGUUACAAGAAUUCACAGUCUCUCUCUAGGGCUUAUGAGCAGUAUGGAGCCUCCACAAUACAGCCGAUUUCAGAUGAAAUGCAGCUCUUACUCACAGUCUAUUACCUCGUUCAGUUGGCUUCUGACCAGGUUCCUUUGAUUGAGGACUUGGAACAGAUCUUCAUGCGUUCAUGGAGGGAGUCGCACCUUUCUGAAAUUCGUCAGUAUCAACAAGCCAUUCCCCAGGCUUUUCCUCAGGUUCCGGGCCCGAUUGCUCCAGUGACAUCUGCUCAACUUCCCUGGCUAGCGGGACUGGCAGCCAGCUCCUGCAACGACAGCGUCCACAUCAUCGAGUGCAGCUAUUCUUUAGCUGAGGGGCUGUCAGAAAUGUUCAAGAUGCUCAUUGAGGGAAAGUUAGUGAAGACCAAUUAUGUGGUGAUCAUAUGUGCUUGUCGAAACAGAGCCAUUGAUUCUUGCAUUGCUGUCACAGGGAAGUACCAAGCAAGAAUACUAUCUGAGAGCAUGCUCACUCCGAUAGAAUACCAGAAAGAAGUUAGUUAUGAACUGGUGACUGGGAAAGUAGAUGCCCUAGGGGCCUUCUUCAGUAGUCUUUGCCCAGAUGGGGAUGUUGAUGUUUUGCUGGAUAAAUUUUGUCAAGAAAACCGAGGACACAUUUCCUCAUCUCUCCCUGCUUCAGUCGGUAAAACUGGAACACUGGACAUAACAGGAACAGCUGGGUGUACAAAUUAUAACUUUGAGCGGCAUCAGAUUCGUCCCUUCCAGCUCGCAGUAGCUCAGAAACUUCUGUCUCAUGUUUGUUCCAUUGCAGAUUCCAGCACUCAAAAUCUUGACUUGGGUUCCUUUGAGAAAGUUGAUUUUUUGAUAUGUGUCCCUCCUUCGGAAGUGACAUAUCAGCAAACGUUAUUCCACCUCUGGCAUUCAGGUGUUCUGUUAGAGCUUGGUUUGGAGAAGGAGCAUCUUACAAAGCAGAGGGUGGAGCAAUAUGUAGUCAAACUUGACACAGAAGCCCAGACGAAAUUUAAAACCUUUUUGCAAAACUCUAUGCAGAAUCCACACACACUCUUUGUCCUGAUCCAUGACCAUGCUCACUGGGAUCUUGUCAGCAGCGCAGUUCACAGCCUUUAUCCUCAGUCCGAUCCAGCAGUGGGCCUUGUGGACAGGCUGCUUAACUGCAGAGAGGUGAAAGAGGCCCCAAAUAUUGUGACACUUCAUGUGACUUCCUUCCCCUAUGCUCUGCAGACACAACACACUCGCAUUAGUCCUUACAAUGAAAUCCACUGGCCGUCAUUAUACAACAAUGGAGCUGACUUGUACCAUGAAAGCAAGAAGUACUAUGGACUGUCUGAAUUUGUUGAAUCCACCCUUUCUGGACACAGCCUUCCAUUGCUUCGUUAUGACAGCUCUUUUGAAGCAAUGGUCAUGGCUUUGGGGAAAAGGUUUCCCAGACUGCAUAGCGCAGUGAUAAGGACGUUUGUUCUUGUACAGCACUAUUCAGCAGCCAUGAUGGCUGUGUGUGGCUUGUCCCAGAUGAAGAACUACACAACAGUUGAAACCCUAGAAAUCACUCAGAAUCUCAUCAAUUCAUCAAGACAGUGCCCCAGCGGUCAUGGGCUUAUGGUGGUUUUAAGGAUCCCAUGCAUUCCAUUGGCGGCAGUAGCUUACGAACGCCUCAACCAUGUGCGGGAAAGACUUGCCCUUGAGGACCAUUUUGAAAUCAUCUUGGGGAAUCCUAACUCUGGAAUCACCGUAGGGAAACACUUUGUGGAACAACUCAAGAUUUGGCAGAAAAUUGAAGAUGCUGAAUGGAGUCCACAGACCUACUUGGAGUUGGAAGGUCUGCCUUGCAUCUUGAUCUUUAGUGGAAUGGACCCCCAAGGCGAGUCCUUGCCAAGGUCCUUAAGAUACUGCGAUUUGCGUUUAAUAAAUUCCUCUUGUUUGGUGAGAACAGCCUUGGAGCAAGAACUUGGCUUGGCAGCCUAUUUUGUAAGUUCUGAAACCUCCGCAGAGAAAAUGGUCUCCAAUGAUGUUCUGGAGAGUGACCCAGAGAAGCUAAGUAGUACUGAUAAUGAAGAUGAAGAAACAGUAACAGAAGGCUCCAUAUCAGAAAAAAGAAGCCCUGUCAAAAGAGAGCGGUCUGGCUCACAUGAUUCUGCAGCUUCAUCUGUUUCUUCUAAAACAUCAAGCACAGCAUUCUGCAGUGAAAUGUCCCCUCCAUCAGUAACUGCAGGUGACACGGGAAAGGCAGCCCAUCAGAUAUUAACCAGCAGUACAGAAGAGAGUGUGAAUAACCCUGAAAAGCAAAGACCAAAAAUGGAUAAAGAUUCAAAGUCAAAUGCUAAAACUGCUCAGGCUUCCAUCGCUUCCUCAUCAGCAUCUCCUUUCUCAUCUUCUUCUGCCUCAUCUGUACCUACUCACAGCUCCUUUGUCCUGCAGACCCCUCAGUGCUCCAUGACCAAAGUGUCCCAAAAGCCUCCUAUAGUGUACCUGCCUAAACUGGUAUAUGACAUUGUUACCUCUGCUGACAGCACAGGACUUCCUAAGUCAUCGUCACUCUUACCUUACCAUUCUGUGAUGUGGGCAAGUUCGUUUCGCCCACUCAUGAGCAAAAUGAUGACCUGCACGGAGCAGUCCCUGUAUUAUCGCCAGUGGACAGUCCCCAAACCAAUCCAUAUGGAUUACAACAACAGGAAUGAAGGCAGGAUGGACACCUUCCAUCCAAGGAGGCUGCUGCUGAGUGGGCCACCACAGGUGUGUAAUAAAGACAGGAUAGGAAAGACAAGGGCCUAUCUGCAGUUCCUCAGUAUCUUGUCUAGAAUGCUUAUUCGAUUGACUGAAGUGGAUGUUUAUGAUGAAGAGGAGAUCAAUACUGAUCUCAAAGAAGAGUCAGGCCAAUAUUACCACCAACCAGGGGAUGCAUGGCCUGACCUAGAAACAAUGAAAAAAUUGCCCUUUGACUAUACUAUCCAUGAUCCAAAAUAUGAAGAUGCAAGUCUGAUUUGUUCCAGAAUUCUUAUGAAGAAUGAAGACAGAUCAGCAAACAGAAAACAAGAGGACUUGUAUAUGCGCCGUCAGACCACUCGGAUGAGGUUAUCCAAAUAUGCAGCUUACAACACUUAUCAUCACUGUGAACAAUGCCACCAGUACAUGGGCUUCAACCCCAGGUACCAGCUUUAUGAAUCUACUUUGCAUGCGUUUGCAUUUUCCUAUUCAAUGCUUGGAGAGGAGAUCCAGCUUCACUUCAUCAUCCCAAAGUCCAAGGAGCACCAUUUUGUCUUCAGCCAUCCAGGGAGACAGCUAGAAAGCAUGAGGCUGCCACUUGUCACAGAUAAGGGCCAGGAUUAUAUAAAGAGCCCUACAUUCACUCCCACAACUGGACGUCACGAGCAUGGACUAUUUAACCUUUACCACGCCAUGGAUGGGGCCAGCCAUUUACAUGUCUUAGUUGUCAAAGAAUAUGAAAUGGCAAUAUACAAAAAAUACUGGCCCAAUCACAUCAUGCUUGUCCUGCCAAGCAUUUUCAACAGUGCUGGAGUGGGUGCCGCUCAUUUCCUGAUAAAAGAGCUGUCUUACCAUAACUUGGAGCUUGAGCGUAAUCGACAAGAGGAACUAGGGAUUAAGCCUCAAGAUAUUUGGCCUUUCAUUGUCAUUUCAGAUGACUCUUGUGUCAUGUGGAAUGCUGUAGAAAUUGAUUGCUCAGGCGAAAGAAAAAGUGAAUAUACAUGGACUGAAAGGAAUGUCUCCUUGAAGCAAAUUCUCCAGCAUAUUGAAUCAACUCCCAACAUCACCCACUACGCCUUGAUUGGGAUGAGGAAGUGGUCGAGUAAAACCAAGAGUGGGGAGAUCAAGGAGCCAUUCUCUUGUUGCCACAUUCAUGACUUUGUCAUGCUGAAUGUGGACCUGACACAGAACGUUCAGUAUAACCAGAACAGAUUUAUGUGUGAUGACGUGGACUUCAACCUGCGUGCCUACAGCGCAGGCCUAUUGAUCUGUCGGUUCAAUCGAUUCAGUGUUAUGAAGAAACAAAUCACAGUGGGUGGACAAAGGUCCUUCCAUAUUAAGUCAAAGGUGUCAGAUAAUCCAGUUUCUAUUGCUCCAGCACAGUACAUCUGUGCUCCUGAUAGCAAGCACACCUUCUUGGCUGCUCCAGCUCAGCUACUACUGGAAAAAUACCUCCAGUACCACAGCCAUCGCUUCUUCCCUCUCUCGUUGAAGAAUUAUUGCCACCCAGUGCUCUCUGUAGACUGUUAUCUUAAUUUAGGACCACAGAUUGCCAUUUGCUAUGUCAGCUCCCGACCUCAUUCUCUGAACAUCAGCUGCUCUGAUAUGGUGUUCAGUGGACUCUUGCUGUACCUCUGUGAUUCCUUCGUGGUCGCCAGCUUCUUGAAGAAGUUUCAUUUUUUGAAAGGUGCUACCUUAUGUGUGAUUUGCCAAGACAGGAAUUCCCUACGCCAAACCGUCGUCCGACUGGAACUGGAAGAUGAGUGGCAGUUUCGACUAAGAGAUGAAUUCCAAACAGCCAAUGCCAAAGAAGACAAACCCCUUUUUUUCCUGACUGGACGACAUAUUUGAUUGGAAGUGAUCAGAUGUGUCAGUGUGGCACAGAAAACUGACUUCUUUUAUACAAAACAAACUGUCAAAAUGAACUGAACUUGUUCACACAAUGUUGCAAGAAGGGCUGUCAUUUAGACAAAAAACGACUUAGGUAUUUUGAAAUAUUUGUAUAAUAUAUUUUAUUUUACCAAUUUUAUGUUUAUAUUUGCGUACAACGUUAGUAACUAUUGUAAUUUAAUGAAUUUGGGGAAGUAACUCCUGUAUAUUUGCAAAGAUACUGAGUGACUGCUCCAGUAGGACUGAACUUUUUCUUGUUGUACUACACAGAUUGUUUCAAAACUGUGGCAUAAUUCAGAAAUAUAGAAUUUAGAAGUA